AUGUCCUUGCUGUAUCAGAAAACCCUGAAUUUAUUAAAAGGAAAUAACAAUGACGUCAACGACAUUCGAAUAAACAUAAACGGCCAGAACAAAAGAGGACACAACAACUCUGUGAUCACGUCCAAGUACACCAUCUGGAACUUUAUUUUUUUCAACGCAUAUGAGCAGUUUCACAAGAUAUCCAACGUUUACUUUUUGAUCAUCGGUAUUCUGCAGUUAGUGCCGCAGUUCACCGCAACGAAUAGGCUACCGACCAUUUUGUUUCCGCUGACCAUUGUGCUAGUGGCCAAUGCUAUCAAAGAUGCGUAUGAAGAUUGGAACAGACACAAGACGGACAAAAUUGAAAACAACCGAAUGUGCUUCGUUGUGGCCGAUGAUCAGACCAAUGAGGACACGCACAGCAAAUCCUUUUGUAAAACUAUAUUUAAAAAGAUAAGAAGUUUUUUAAUUUGGAACAAAAAAGUAUGUAAUGUAGAUAACUCCUCUGAUGAUGGAAUAUACGUCGAUGAAAUUACGGACGUGGAUACUUUUAUUAGCAGUUUUGAAGGUAGUUUAGGACACAUCUAUGGGACUAUUAAAAAAAGAUGGAAGGAUGUAAAUGCAGGGGAUAUAAUUCUUUGUAGAAGGUCUGAAUUUUUCUGUGCUGAUAUUUUAGUCCUAAGUACAAGUGACCAAAAUGGAAUUGCAUUUGUGGAAACAUCCAGCUUGGAUGGAGAAACGAACUUAAAAGUUAAAGAAGCAAACGGAUUUGUGUUCAACAUUCUUACGUCGGAUAGAAGUAAAGCAAUUGAUAAGGUAAAAAAAUUGAAGGGAUUUAUAAUUAGUGAAAAACCCAAUAAAGAUUUGACGACCAUGUAUGGUACAAUCUAUUUUGAGAAGGAUGAAAAAACGGAUCUAAAAUCUAAUGACGAUUUGUCGGAAAUAUUAAAAGAAACCACAGAGUUGAUAGAAAACAGGCGAAGAAAAGUGUCAAGUGCAGAUUUUAGUAGAAAUAGUAGCAGCAUUGGAAAUACACAGGAGGAUUGGAUAGGUGAGCUAAAUGACAACAGUGCAGACAAAUAUGUUAGAAUCCCAUUUGACGAAAAACACUUCGUUCUAAGAGGUUGCAAGUUAAAAAAUACCGACUGGGUUAUUGGUAUAGUUAUAUAUAUUGGAAAGGAAACCAAAAUACAAAUGAAUUCUACCAAACCGAUUAUCAAAACGAGUAAAUUAGAAAUAUUAACCAAUAGGCUGACGAUUAUCAUUUGGCUCAUUCAAAUGAUUAUAUGUUUCAUAUCCGCUUACUACAAUGCAGUGAUUGUAAGCAUGUCCAAGAAAAGUAAAUAUAAGUACUUGCCUUUUAACUUACAAGAAUCCAAAAAGCCUUUUAUCGUCGGAAUUAUUUCCUUUUUCUCCUGGGUUGUCAUCACAGCAAAUUUUAUUCCCAUCAGUUUGAUUGUCACCAUGAGUUUUGUAAAAGUUGUUCAGGCAUAUUUCAUUUCAUGUGACAAGAAUAUGAUACAUAAAGUGGUGGCGGAUAUUCCCACCUUCGGAAUGCAUAAGGAAUCUGCAAGUUUGCGAGAUGAAAAUUCAGUGGAGUUGGACAUAAAAGAAACCGGUGAGAAAGUUCAUGCGCACAACAAUCAGACCGACAAGUGGAAAAUAAAUUUGGCGCCAGAACAAAGCACUGAAAGGAAGGAGGCAACAAAUGGGGAGAUUAACACUGGCGGUAAGAACACCAGCACGGGAACCAACAACGGAAAUAGUAACUCCAAUGGGAAUGCUAAUUCAAAUGAACGGAAAAAAACGCAUACUAGAGUUAUCACCUUUAAGGAGGCAAAGGAAAAGAACUACAUAUAUUUCAACGCCGUACCUAGAACGUCCAGCUUGAUAGAAGAACUGGGACAAAUCGAAUACAUUUUCUCGGACAAAACCGGAACGUUAACAUGCAACGUCAUGGAGUUCAGAAAAUGUGCCAUUAAUGGGAUUUCUUAUGGAAAUGGUCUAACUGAAAUUAAGAAACACAUUUUAAAAAAAAAGAAUAUGGCCAUUCCAGAAGAACCCGUCGUUAAGUCCACGGAGAAAACGCCAAAUGUAAAUAUAGUAGAUGAGGAUUUGGUAAAUCAUCUGCACGAUGUGACGCAUUUUAACCAUGCCGCUGUGAUAGGCUUCUUCCUACAUUUGGCUAUUAAUCAUUCAGUCAUUUGUGAUUAUGGAAAGAACCCCAUGACGACCUAUUCGUCCAGUAGCCCAGAUGAGGAAGCCCUAGUAUAUGCUGCAAAGCAUUUUGGAAUCACCUUCUUGUACAGAAGGGAUGGUAAGUACGGAAUUAGCAUAUUUGGUACGGUUUACGAAAUUGAAACGUUGGCAAUUGUUGAAUUUACAAGCAAGAGAAAAAUGAGUAGCGUUAUUUGUAGGAUACCCGUCAGAGCUACAUACACAGGUGGCGGUGCCGCUGCUGGUGAUGAGGGACGUAAGGGCAAAGACGGAACGGGUACCGUCAGAGGCACUAAUGAUGGGGGAAGUGGAAAGAACCAACAGGAUCAGAAACAUGUAGGAAGUGCGAAGGGGGAACACUCGACUCUUGCCAAAAACGAAAUGAUCAAAUCCUCUCGAUGUAAGAAAGAUCCUCUGGAUGAACACUUCGUAAGUGGAGGUAACAACCCCCAAAAGGGAAAUACACAGAAUAAAGAAGAAGGCAUAAUAACUUGUAAAAACUGCAAGGAGUCCAAAAUUAUGCUUUUUUGCAAAGGAGCUGGAAGUGUGAUUUUAAACAAAUUAGCAAAAAAGACAGAGAUAGAUGAAAUCACGAUUGAACAUAUGGAAACGUACGCAGACGAAGGGUUAAGAACAUUGUGUAUCGCACAAAGGGAAUUAACAGAAGCGGAAUUCGCACAAUGGUAUAAACUAUAUAAAGAAGCCACUGUAAGUAUAAAAGACAGAGAAGAAAAUUUAGAAAACGUGGCAGAAUCUAUUGAAAAUAAAUUAACCUUGCAAGGAGUAACUGGGAUAGAGGAUAAAUUACAAGAAGGGGUCAGUUCCACAAUAGAAGAUCUAAGACUGGCAGGUAUUCACAUAUGGAUGCUGACUGGCGAUAAAAUAGAAACAGCAAUGAACAUUGGCAUUGCUGCAAAUUUGAUCGAUAAUUAUUCGGAGCAGUUUAUCUACACUGCAGACUUAAUAUCAUGUGAAGAAGCACUGAUGAAUAAAAUUAAUCAGGACAUUUUCAAUAUUGAGAAAACGUUAAAUUUGCCUCACUACGAUUUUAAUGCCAAAGUUAAUGAUAAAAAACCAGGUUUUUUCAGGAGUUGUUUUACUGUCAAGGAAGAAAGUAAUUUAUCAUUAAGUCCAGAUGAUUACAAAAUGUUAAUUAGCUCAUUUAACCACGUGUUAGUCGUAGAUGGGGGAUUGCUAGACAUUUUGUUGAGCAAAAAAUUUGAAAGGAAAUUUUUUUAUCUUGCGGAUAAAUGCUCUUCUGUGAUAUGUGGCCGAGUGAGUCCAUACCAAAAAGGAGCAAUUGUUUCGUCAGCCAAUCGAUUGUUGAAAAAAAUUACUUUAGCCAUAGGCGAUGGAGCUAAUGAUAGAAAUAUGAUCAACACAGCUAACAUUGGAGUUGGAAUUAGAGGGCAAGAAGGGGUACAGGCAUUUAACUCCUCAGAUUAUGGUAUCAGUCAGUUUAGGUUCUUAAAGAAUUUGUUACUAGUACAUGGUAGAUUAUCCUACGCCAGAAUAAGCAAAUUGGUGGUAUACAUGUUUUACAAAAAUAUUGUUUUAAUUUUCCCUUUGUUCAUCUUCGGAUCGCUUUCUUUAUAUUCUGGGCAGAAAAUAUACUACGAAAUUUUACUCCACCUUCAUAACAUUUUGUUUACGUGUGUUCCGGUCAUAGCACAUGCCAUAUUAGACAAAGAUGUGAGCUUAAAUACAGCAUUGGUAACUCCGAGCUUGUACAAAUUAGGAAUAUAUCAUUACUAUUUUAACAUUAGUACAUUUGUAUCUUGGGUUAUUAACAGCCUUUUUCAUGGCCUAGUUGUUUUCUUAUUACCUCUAUACUUUUUAUCCUAUUAUAAUAUUCCGAGUUCUGAUGGGACACCUUACGAUAUGUGGACAGUUGGAACUGUCACAUAUUUUCUGACCGUUUUAGUUGUCAAUUUAAAAGUGCUUCUGGAGACAUACUACUUGAAUGUUCUCCCGCUUACCGCUGUGUUUAUGAGCAUUUUGUCCUUCGUCAUCCUUGUGGCGGCCUGCUCCUUCAUGUGCUUUGGCAGUAAUAACUUCUUAGGUACAGCUGUAAUAUUAGCAAAAUCGUUACGAUUUUGGCUAGUUGUUUUGUUAGGCUUAUUUACCACCCUGUCCAGGGACUUCAUCUAUAAGGUGUUCAAGAGGAACUUCAACCCUGAGGUGUACCACUUCUUGCUGGACCAGGAAGACAAACCGAAAGGGGAAAAGGCAGCUGUAAAUCCGCUAAGUUCUGACACCUGUCAGAAGGAGGAAGAAAUUAAAAUCGAAAAAUGCAAAUCUCUUGGAUACGCAUUUAGUGAAGUAGACCCCGCGUGCGUCAAGUUGAUUAGAAAGCAAGACAAAAUGAUUUAA